AGUGUUCUAUGGCUAUCUGGGGAAUGUUUUUGUUAGUUCUUUUUUAACAGAGUAUAUUAUAUUUUUAUAUUGUUUAUUUCUCCAUAACAACCGUUUUGUGAAGGCAUACUGGAUAUUAUAUUUUACGUAGUUUCAUGAGAAUGAAUUUGUAUUUAAGAAACAUUUCGAAAGGUUAUUUUUGUGUUAGUAAAAUUAUAUCUUGUUCGUCUUGUAGUUAUAUAUCCUCUAAGCAGGUGCCCGCGUGCCAGUUUGCAACAAAGUCACCGAAGACCUUGAAGGAAGAGGUGUUUCCUCAGAACCCUCUGAAGGACGUGUUCAGCGCGUCCAAGCAGCCAGAGAACGGCGUUAUUUACGACAAGAAGCCGUUCAAGAUGAGAUGCGUGCCCGGGAAGGAUUACUUCUGGUGCCUGUGCGGUCGCAGCAAAACACAGCCGCUGUGCGACGCCACCCACAGGAGCCCCUACCUGAGGAUCAAGCUGCGUCCCGUCAAGUUCCAAGUGACGGAGGAGAAGGAUUAUUGGCUGUGCAAUUGCAAGCAGACUUCCAACCGCCCGUUUUGUGACGGCACGCACAAACGAGAAGACAUACAAGCCGCUGUCAAGUGAUUACAAAGGAAGUCUGUUUGAAUGAAACUUCAUUUGCAAGUGUUGGGCGGUUGUUGUGAUGAUAUCUUCUCUACCAUCCCAAAUUUGAUUUGUGAUAACUUUUGUGACUAUGGAAUCAGGUGGUUGUUACUGAUAUGGCAUCUUUUCUGUAGGAAGUUUUAUUAUUUGUGAAAUAUUUUUCGAUUUUCAAUGCAUUGUAUUAUAAUUAUUCAAUUAUAGACUAUAGAGUAAAAUGCUUAGUGCGUAAUCUAAAGUUACCGUAUUUUUGAAUCACAGCUUUCAUGAGUAAUGAAAGACACUGCAGUUGAUAAUAAGUUGAAUUUUUUAUUGAAAGAACUCUAAAAACUCGAACUAAAUAGAUUUUUUGACUGUAAAAUUACAUAUGCCAUACAUUUCUGGUGUUUUUUAUUAUGUGUGAACCCAAUUAACAGCUUUGAAGGGUAAAGUGAUACACAUGUUUGUGUGAAAUGUUUGUUUUAUGAUGCCAUUUCAAGCUCUUCUGUCUGUUGGGAGGCUAGCUAUUCAUAUGCAAGUUGAGGCCAGUUAACAAUCAUCUAAGUUAACUGGUACAUGACUGUUAAUAGUAAUUCAAAUUAGUGAAAUGUUAUCAUAUAAGUAUGUAGUGUUGUACAAGAUCUUAUUUUGAUGAAUAGAUAACAUUUUCCACAA